AUGGCGUCACUGCUGUCGUACGGAGCCGGCAUCUUAGCCGGCGACAUCGGCGCGAAUCUCGAGGCCACGCUCGGCGUGCCGGGCCCUCUGGCCGGCUGGAGCCACGUCAACCUGCCGGCGGAAGGCGACGACGAGCCUCGUCCCGCGGAGGGGGAUUUUCUUAGCCUUGUCACGCGCGAGGACGAUGGCGUGGACCGCGCUGACGCGGACAUGCUCGACGGAGACGGCGUGUCGCGCAGGCCAGUUCGGCAACUUCUAGGAGUCGAUUCUCCGUCCGGGAGUCCCGGGAGCGCGUCGGUCCAUCUCCCGCAGACCGUCCUCCAGGUCAUUGCCACGUCACUAGAAGCUGACGUGGUCGUCAUGGCGGUUCUAUUGCCUCCGCCAGGCCCCACUGUCGCGGAUAUGGCGCAGGCGGCGGACGAAGCCGCGGCUGCUGCAGGCGCUCCCCCCGCCCCUCCGCCUCUCUUCCCCGGCGCUGCUUUCUCCCCUGUUGUGCCCGCCUUCGGCGCGCAUUCUCUUGGCGCGGAAGCCAGCGCGGACAGGUCCGGGGAGUUUGGCGCAUGCGCCAGUAGCGGAGGGGAUGUUAGUGGGUACGGGGAAAGCGGAGGGUUCUGCAGCCGGGAGGGCAUGGGGAGGCGCAGUGGAGCGGGGUUCCGUGGCGGCGGAAGAGGCGGGGAAGAGGGCGCUGGGAGAUGUGACAGCCGAGACGAGGGAGGCGGAAGGGGAGGGGGGAGGGGGAGCGGGAGGGGGAGCGGGGGCGAAAUGGAGGUGGUGCGGGUGGCGGAGUCGAUCCUAUCGACGCCCAAGGGGGUUGUGCCGGAGAUGGUUCCCUUUUGUAGGCGCAUGAUGAAGGCAUGCAAGCGACACAAGGUGGUGAGCACGGCGGGGCUGUAUCUGCCAGCGGUCAUCGAGGACGUGCUGGGCUGCCGCCCCCGCCGCUUCAUGGGCCGAUUCGUGCGCCUGCACAGCUACCGGGGUGUGCUGUACGCGCUGUGGAGCGACCCGGCCAAGGUGCCCCCAACAGUGGAGGAGGUGAUGGGGCGGGCGGCGCACACCAUGCCGCUGCUCAUGGCCAACCGCAUCUCCGCGCGCCAGUCAGCGCGCCUGGGGCAGCAGUUUGACGCCAUCCUCAAGCGCAUGCCUCAAGCUGUGGUUUUUGUGGACGACGAGCUGGCUCAGGUGGUGGUGAACCCAGCAGCAGCCGACCUGCUGGAUCUGCCAUGCUUCGGGGAGGUGGACCCGGUGAAGGUCGCAACUGCCAUGCGCCAGCUGGCCGAGAGGAGCGGUAACCGCCCCGACCUGCACAGGUGGUUCAGCAUGGUGGCGGGGGCGGUAGAGACAGAGAUAGAGGAGGAGUGGGAGCUGCGCGACCCGCCCAUGGUGCUGCGCGUGCACUCGUACCCCGUGGCAGCACACACCACCUCCGCGCACGGCCGCCUGUGGCUCUUUGAAGACGUCACUGCCGACCGCCGCGCGAGGCAAGCCAUUGCCGCCGCCAACCGCGCCAAGUCGCAGUUCCUUGCUACCAUGAGCCACGAGCUCAGGACGCCAAUGACUGGCGUGCUGGGCAUGUUGGACCUACUGCGGCUGACGGAGAUGAGUGAGGAGCAGCACGGGGUGCUGAAGCUCAUGCAGGCAUCGGCAGACGGGCUGAUGACGGUGCUGAACAACAUCCUUGACUUCUGCAAGAUGGAGGCGGGCAGACUGCUGCUGGAGUCCAUCGACUUCAGCAUUUCAACCCUGUUGGACCAGGUACCGGCGUUCCUCCCCCACCCGGCUGCGUUCUUCCCCCACCCGGCUGCGUUCCUCCCCCACCCAACUGCGUUCCUCCCCCACCCGGAUGCGUUCCUCCCCCACCCGGCUGCGUUCCUCCCCCACCCAGCUGCGUUCUUCCCCCACCCGACUGCGUUCCUCCCCCACCCAGCUGCGUUCCUUCCCCACCCAACUGCGUUCCUCCCCCACCCAACUGCGUUCCUCCCCCACCCGGCUGCGUUCCUCCCCCACCCAACUGCGUUCCUCCGCCACCCGGCUGCGUUCCUCCCCCGCCCAACUGCGUUCCUCCUCCACCCAACUGCGUUCCUCCCCCACCCGGCUGCGUUCCUCCCCCACCCGGCUGCGUUCCUCUCCCGCCCAGCUGCGUCUCUGGAUGCAGGUGGCGGUGGGUUCUGUACCGGCAGUGCAGUGCAAGGGCAUGCGUCUGAUUGCCCUGAGUCCCCUAAGUCUGGUUGCCCUGAGUCCCCUAAGUCUGGUUGCCCUGAGUCCCCUAAGUCUGGUUGCCCUGAGUCCCCUAAGUCUGGUUGCCCUGAGUCCCCUAAGUCUGGUUGCCCUGAGUCCCCUAAGUCUGGUUGCCCUGAGUCCCCUAAGUCUGGUUGCCCUGAGUCCCCUAAGUCUGGUUGCCCUGAGUCCCCUAAGUCUGGUUGCCCUGAGUCCCCUAAGUCUGGUUGCCCUGAGUCCCCUAAGUCUGGUUGCCCUGAGUCCCCUAAGUCUGGUUGCCCUGAGUCCCCUAAGUCUGGUUGCCCUGAGUCCCCUAAGUCUGGUUGCCCUGAGUCCCCUAAGUCUGGUUGCCCUGAGUCCCCUAAGUCUGGUUGCCCUGAGUCCCCUAAGUCUGGUUGCCCUGAGUCCCCUAAGUCUGGUUGCCCUGAGUCCCCUAAGUCUGGUUGCCCUGAGUCCCCUAAGUCUGGUUGCCCUGAGUCCCCUAAGUCUGGUUGCCCUGAGUCCCCUAAGUCUGGUUGCCCUGAGUCCCCUAAGUCUGGUUGCCCUGAGUCCCCUAAGUCUGGUUGCCCUGAGUCCCCUAAGUCUGGUUGCCCUGAGUCCCCUAAGUCUGGUUGCCCUGAGUCCCCUAAGUCUGGUUGCCCUGAGUCCCCUAAGUCUGGUUGCCCUGAGUCCCCUAAGUCUGGUUGCCCUGAGUCCCCUAAGUCUCGUACCUCACCUGCUCGCACUUCUCUCCCACAUCCCAUCCCAUGCAUGCAGGUGGUGGUGCUGUUCGAGCAGGCGGUGCAGGACAAGGGCAUGCGUCUGCUCAUCCACCCACCGCCCCCCGAUGCUCUCUACGUCUGUGGCGACCCUGUGCGCGUCAAGCAGUGCAGCCCAUCCGCUCCACACUCCUCCACAUCCCAUCCGCUCCACACUCCUCACUGUUUCCCCUCUCUCCCCUCCGCCCUCUCCGCCCUCCCUCCCCGCCCACGCACACGCACACGGCAGGUGGUGGCGAAUCUGGUGAGCAACGCAGUCAAGUUUUCCAAGCGCGGAACCAUCACCGUCUCCUGGCGCAUUGUGCCGGACCCCUCUGUGUCAGACCCCUUUGCAUCCGACCCUUCUGCCUCUGGUUACAAUGAUGGUGCGGAGCUGGAAUGCACAGAGAGUGGGGAGGUGGAAGCGGAGACAAGGGGAGAGGGGCAGACGGGGGAGGAGGGAGAGAAGGGGGAGGAGGGGGAGGGGCAGGAGGGGACUCAGGAGUUGGGGCAGGAGGGGACUCAGGAGUUGGGGCAGGAGGGGGAAGGCAGGAGCCUGAUGGAGUCGGGCAGUCGCUUGAUACAGUCACACUCACACUCGCUUGCUGCCUCGCUGACUGUUCGUGCAGACGAUAGCACUGCUGCUGCAGACACACCAGAGACUGCGGAGGCAGCAGGGGCAGGAGGGUCAGGAGGGGCAGCAGCGACUGCAGGGGCAGCAGGGGCAGUAGAGGCUGGGGGGGUAGCGGGGCUAACAGGGGCGCUGAUCUCCCCUGGUAGCAGCAGUGGGGUAGAGGGGAAAGGGGUGGAUGGGGGGAGAUGGGGGGAGAGCAAGCGGGGGCGGAUGUGGGGGAGGGGGAAGAGAGGGCGGGGGGAAAGCAGGGAGGGGUCUAGCGAGGGAGCGAGGCAGGGUCGGGGCAAGCAGGCAGCGAGUGGAGGGUGGGGGGGGGCAGGCGGGCAGGGAGUGCGAGUGCCCCGAAGCGUUUCUGCAGGGCAGGAAGGAAACGUAUCCUCUGCGCCCUCAGCACAGCAUCAAGGCACAUCCUCCGGUGGCUUCCCCUCCAGUCCCGUGCGCAGCAGCAGCGGGCACGCAGGGCCAGCAGCAGCAGCAGCAGCAGCAGCAGGGCAGGAGCAACCGCGGGUGCUGGCAAGGCGGCUAUCAGCGGAUGUCAGUCACGGCACGCGGGUCACGCGCCUGCACGGCACCUCGGGGGGCUCCGGCUCUGCUGACCUCACCCGACUGCUGCAACCCGCACCUCGCUCCGCCCCUUGCUCUGCCCUGCACUCUGCGCCCUCCCUCCCUCCGAACCUCGCCUCCCUCCCCCCGCACCUUGCUUCCAUGCCCUCGCCCUACCUGGCCAGCUUCGAGUCGGCGUCAGCAGCAGGCAGUGUUCUGCCCAGGGGGCCUGCCGCUGCUGCAGCUGCUGCUGCCUGUGCGGGCGCUACAAGUGGGCCGCUGGGCUUAGAAAAUGUUGCUGGCAGUGCGGCUGGAGGGCGGCUGACAGCUGGUCAGGAGACGCACGGGCCUGCAGGCUCGGCGAUGGAAGCAGGCUUGGGGUUGGGUGUAGGUUCGGCGCCGAGCCUGAGUAUGGGGGGGAGCUUGGGGCAGAGCGUCAGAAGUGCGAGUUGGGGCAGUGGGAGCGGGGCAGGAGGGCGGAUGGAGUGGAUGGGUGAGUGUGAUGGGGGGGCAGUGAGCGCACGAGCAGGGGGAGGGGGAGGCAUGGGGGGAGGCAUGGGGGGAGAGAGAGCAGGAGUGGGAGAGGGGGACGGUGCAGGAGUGUUUGAAUCGGCUGCUGACGUGGCAAUGCUGCUGGGUGAACCUUUCAUGCCGGUUUCCGGGCCUCUCAGACCCUCCGGGUGCAGCAGCGUGUCUGCUGACGUGGCGGAUAUUGUCGUGUUGGAUGACGGCCCAGGCUCUGACGUGGCAGCUGACGUGGAGAUGCUGUGUGGGGAUAUACUCCCUGCACCUGCUACAGCUGCAGCCACCACCACUCCUGCUACAGCCGCCGCUGCUACAGCCGCCGCUGCUACAGCAGCAGCACCUGCCCCCACCACUUACCUCACCCCCAGCACCCCUGCAAUCCCUCCCACACCCACUCCCGCCUCCCCGUCCCUCCCCUCUCUCCGCCCGCCAGCCAGCCCGCGGCAGCGCGUGGUGUGGCAGGGCGGUCGAGCAGCGGGGGAGGAGGACGUGGGGAGGGUGAGUGUGCGGGCGAGCUCAGAGGCACAGCAGUGGCUGCGCUCUCUGCAGCAGCCGGUGGGCCGCCUGCACGGCUUUGAGGACGUGACUGUAACGGACAGCGUUGUACAGGACGGGUCCGUGCUUGUAGGCACGGGCGUGUGUGAGGGGCUGGGGGGCGCUGGGUUGCUGCGCGGGGGUUCAGGGGACGUGAUUGUGCGGCGAGGGGGUGGGGCGCGAGGGGAGGGGGGCGGGGGGGUGGUGAGGAGGCGCAGUACGGGGCGGGCAGGGACGGAUGAGGUGGUGGGGCGCAUGGGGAGGAGCGUGCAGCAGCGGGAGCGGGCACUCAGGAGACAUGCUUCCGCUGGUGUGGCAGAGCAGGGGAGACGGGGGCAGAGGGGGGAUGGGGGGAGUGUGGCUUGGGUUCGGGGGAACGAGGGGGGAAAGCAGGAGAGUGAAGGUCAUGAGGGGGGUGAUUCAGGCUGGGGGGAGCAUCGGGAAGGGGAUUCUGCUCGGGGGGGUUACAGUGGGGGUGCUAGUAGCGGGGGAGCAGAGACGGUUGUGACUAUAGGGGAGGUGGUGGCUGCUGUGGGUGAUGGGGGGUGUUCCGGCAGUGCAAGGGGAGACACUGGGGGGAGCAUGGGAGGAAAGGAGGGUGGUGAGAUGGGGUGUGGAGGGGCUGAGGUGGAGGAGGGGAGCGAAGAAGAGGAGGAGGAGAUGGAGGAGGAAGAAGAUAAGAACGAGGAGGAGCAAGUGGGGUUGGCCAAGGAGGGAGAGGAGAAGGAAGGAGAGGGGGAGGGAAAGGGGGAGGUGGGCAAGGAGCGGGAGCGGGUGUGGUACGAGGUGUGUGUGGCGGAUGAGGGGGAGGGCAUGGCGGAGGACGAGGUGCAGCAGGUGCUCUUCAUGGCUCAGGCGGGCGCGCAGAGGGGGGGAGUGGGCGGCACGGGAUUGGGCCUGGCCAUCAGCCACGGGCUGCUGGCGCUGAUGGGCGGACGCCUCUGGAUCAAAUCCCAGCCGUCCAAAGGCACCCAGGCCUUCGCCCUCAUCCCCCUCCUCCCCGCGUCCGCCCCCUUCCCCCCAUCCGCCAAGGGUGGGCCCCCUGCCUCCCCCCUGGGGACAGGCCGGCGCUCCCCCUCGCCUUGCCUGGCCGGAGGGCAGGGGGGUAAGGAGGGUGAGGAGGGGGAUAGGCAAACGCUGUCGACGAAAAUGGAGGUGGAGGGGGCCGAGGGGGGUGGAAGAGAAGGGAAACGGGAAGAGAAAAGGAAGGUGGAGGGGGAGGAGGGGGAGGAAGGCGAGGAGGAGGAAGAGGAAGAGGAGGAGUGCAAGAGCCUGCGGGUGUUGGUAGCGGAGGACAACAAGGUGAAUCAGCUGCUCAUCCGCCGCCUGCUCAAGCACUACGGGCACGACGUCACGGUGGUGGGCAAUGGGCGCCUGGCCGUGGACGCGGUGCAGAAAGAGAGCUUCGACCUCGUGCUCAUGGACUUGCAGAUGCCUGUGCUGGAUGGGCUGAGUGCCACACGCGAGAUCAGAAAGCUGCCAGGAAAGGAGGCGCGCAUACCAGUGUACGCGCUGACGGCGGACGUGUUGGCGCCGGAGAUAGAGGCGGCGGGGAUGGACGGCUUCCUCAGCAAGCCCAUCGCCUGGGACAAGAUGAGCCACGUCGUGCACUCUCUGCUGCACGCUAAAAACGCCAAGCUGAAGCAGCAGAAGCAGGCCGCCGCCGCUGCUGCUUCUGCUUCUGCUGCUGCUGCCGCUGCUUCUGCUGUUGGAAAGGGUGGAGAGGCAGGGCCGCAGACACAGAGCAGGGAGGGAGAGAAGGCAGGAGGUGGAGCAGCGGGCAAGGAGGUGGAUGCAGGGAAACGGGCAGACGAGGGAACAGCAGGAGCAAGAGGUGCAGUGAGUGGCGCGGGUGCGGCUGCAGCAGAAGGAGGGGAUGCGGCGGGUGGAGAGGGGGGAGGGGGAGGCGGCAGCAAGUUGCGGGUGUUGGUGGCGGAGGACAACAGAGUGAACCAGAUGCUCAUCCGCAAGAUGCUGCAGCACUAUGGGCACGAGGUGACACUGGUGCUCAACGGGCGGCUGGCAGUGGAGGCGGUGCAAGCAAAGCCAUUCGACCUUGUUCUCAUGGAUAUUCAGAUGCCCAUCAUGGAUGGCUUGACAGCCACGCGUGAGAUCAGGAAGCUGCCAGGAAAGGAGGCGCGAGUCCCGGUGUACGCGUUGACGGCGGACGUAUUGGCGCCGGAGAUAGAGGCGGCGGGGAUGGACGGCUUCCUCAGCAAGCCCAUCGCCUGGGAUAAGAUGAGCCGCGUCGUGGAAACCCUGCUGCGAGCCAAGGCAGGCCAGUCCUGA